AUGGCCAGGCUCCGGAUGCUCCUCGGGCCGUUGUGCGCGGCCCCGCUGGGCCUGGCCGCGGAAUGGCCCGGGUGCCAGGAGCAGAACACCGUCAUCCGGAACGCGGGACAGGCGCUCUUCGCCAACCUGCAGGGCUACGGCGCGACCAUCGGAUGUUUCCUCGACGACUGCAUGAGCUCGGACAAGUUCGUCGCAAUGGAGAUCGAGAGCUGCUCCAAGGUCUGCUACUCGCUGCCUGAGUGCCAGUACUGGGUCUGGGGCACCGAGGAGGGCGAGCAGAAGUGCUGGUUCCGGAUCGGGGACAGCGGCAGGGAGGCCGGCGAGGGCUGGAUCUCUGGCGCGAAGGACUGCCACCCGCCGGGCACUCAGGUGAUGCCCAUGGGCAACUCGGAGUGCUGGGCCGAGGGCUUCGGCUACGAGCAGUGUUGCGACGCCCAGCACGGUCCCAACGGCAACGCGCAGUGUUGGGACGGGGUGUACAACUACGACCGUUGCUGCUUCCCCAAGGAGGAGCUCUGA